AAGCAGGAGGAGCUGCUUUGUUUCCCUUUAACUCCUGUGUCGCUUGUGCGUUGCGGAGGCGUGCUUGUAUUUCAGGGUAUUUCUACACACGGUGAGUCAUGGUUAAGGCCUGCGACCCUCAGAGGAAACAGCUCAGAUGACUGAAGAAAUUAGAGAAAGAGAGGGGAGAAACUCAGGCUCUGAAUGGUUGAAUCCAGAGAGUGAUGAUACCACACAUCCUCAAGUAGCGGGUGCCAGAGAAGUAACAAAUGCUGCUCUCAUCCCUAAGUGCAUUACAGAUAAAAAGUAUGCCUUAGCCGCUGCUGUCGUCGUCACAGCUUUGAUCAUUACUAUUAUUUCCUUGGCAGUCAGGAAACAACAGCCAUGUCCAGUUUGUCCCCCACCUGUUGAUGCUGCCUGCCCAGAUGGUUGGGUUGGAUACCAAGGCAAAUGCUACUAUAGAUCAGACUCCGAAAAAAAUUGGAGCAGCAGUGCAAAUCAUUGUUCCACAUUUGGUGCUUUUUUGGCUGUAUUUGAGACCCAGCAGGUCCUGGCCUUUUUGGUGAACUUUACUCGCCCCCUUCAUUACUGGAUUGGCCUUUCAAAAACUGGUGAUACUUGGAGGUGGCCUAAUGGCUCUGAGUUUAAAAAACAAUCUUUAGUGAGAGGAGAUGGUGAGUGUGCCUACAUCAAUGACAUUGGGCUCAGCAGUACCAGGUGCACUGCCAAUAACCUCUUCCUCUGCAGCCAGGACGAUGCUUGCAUCAGGAAGAAGAAACACAGCACAACCUAAAAGGAUGGCUUAUUAGUCCAAAAAAGCAGUGCCUACAGCUCUUCGAAGAUCCUGUGAGAAUCUUAGCUUAUUCUGAGAACCAGUUAGGCCUGGAGUUAAGGUUUUUAUUGGGACAGUUGGUUCCCUGCUGAACUUGAAGCAUUAAUGAAAAAGGACACAAAAGCAGCUUGUUGCAUUGUCCAAGACUCCAAUAUUGCUGCCUACGAAUAAUAGGGACCAGUGUAAAUUUGUUUGCGAUACGGAGAAAGUUGACUGCGCUUUCUUAGCAUUUCUGUUACUUGUAAACCUGGGACUUAAUCUAAUGUUGUUAGUUUUCUUAUCCUCUUCUCUAACAAUAAUUUGUUUUGUUUUGUUUUAGAAAAUACCUAGGAGUUUAUUGUUAUUUAUUUAACCAGUCGUAUAGAAUUUUUUAAAUUUAAUCUGUUUUGUUUAUUUUUUUAAUUCCGUAUUAACAUAACAAAGUGGUCCAUUUUUUUUACUUUGUCUUUUUUAUCAUUAUUAUGUGAAACAAUAAAUGUGGCAUAUUGAUCUCUCA